CUUCACUGAGCGCUACAGAGCUACAGAGCUAGUUCUGUCAUCUGGGUUACUUGCAGCUCUGUAGCGUUUAGUUUAUACAGACGUGUGUAUUUACCUCAAACCAAGAAAACUAAAGGAGUCUGGCUGCGAGGACAAUCAUUUAAUAGAGGAGACGGGUGAAAUGGCCACGGUAACGGUGGCUGAAACUGAACCGACACCUUCCGACGGUGCUAACGCUUUCACUGAGCCUCACGCUUCGGGCUGGACUGAGUCUCAGCUCCGAAAGUACUCUUUCCAAACCAGACAGAUACCUCGACUGUCCCAUACAGACCCCCGAGCUGAGCUGCUUAUCAACAACGAGGAACCUGUGGUGUUAACAGAUACCAACUUAGUAUACCCAGCACUCAAGUGGGACAUAAAUUACUUGCAAGAGAACAUUGGGAAUGGGGACUUUUCAGUGUAUGUUGCAGGAAAUCACAAGUUUUUAUAUUAUGAUGAAAAGAAAAUGUCAAACUUUGAGAACUUUGUGCCAAAGUCACGACGAAUAGAGAUGAAGUUUUCAGAGUUUGUUGAGAAGAUGCGCCAAACAGAACAGUCAGAUGGAAGAGAAAGGGUGUACCUGCAGCAAACCCUGAAUGACACAGUUGGACGAAAAAUUGUUGUGGAUUUUCUGGGCUUCAACUGGAACUGGAUCAACAAACAGCAAACCAAACGAAAUUGGGGACAGUUAACAUCAAACCUGCUACUUAUAGGCAUGGAAGGCAAUGUGACACCAGCACAUUAUGAUGAGCAGCAGAAUUUCUUUGCACAGAUCAAAGGUUACAAACGGUGUAUCCUCUUUCCUCCUGAUCAGUUUGAGUGUCUCUACCCCUACCCUGUUCAUCAUCCAUGUGACAGGCAAAGCCAGGUUGAUUUUGAAAAUCCAGAUUUUGAAAAGUUUCCAAAAUUUAAAAAUGUCGUUGGAUACGAGGCUGUUGUCGGACCAGGUGAUGUGCUGUACAUCCCAAUGUACUGGUGGCAUCACAUUGAGUCCCUGUUAAAUGGAGGAACAACAAUCACAGUCAACUUCUGGUACAAGGGUGCACCCACUCCAAAGAGGAUAGAGUAUCCACUGAAAGCUCAUCAGAAGGUGGCCAUUAUGAGAAACAUUGAAAAGAUGUUAGGAGAGGCCUUGGGGGACCCACAUGAGGUUGGUCCAUUGCUGAACAUGAUGAUCAAGGGCCGAUAUGAACAAGGUCCGAGUUAAUCAACCGUUUACCUUCAAUGCGUAUUGGAUAGUACUGAACUGUUUGAAUGGAAAUGUGUGCUUGUCUUUACAUUCAGACUUGAAUUAACAGUGCAUGGCAGUGUUUUGGCUGCUUGUAUUUAAUUUUGCUUUGAAUACUUCAAACAAUUGUCUUAUAAGUUUUAAAUGUGUUCAAGGAAGGUACCACUAACAAGAAUAUAAAGUAUUCAGUUCAUCUGUUCAGUGAUGAAUUAGCUGUGUGUGUCCAUAUGAGGGACAAUAAACAUUCAUAGCACAUGUACAUCUAUCUAAACACCUGUUUCAUUGUGUGUUGCAUGUUGGGCCAAUAGUGUAGAGUUUCCUUAGCCAAGAUGACGGCCGUUGAGAGUGCUUCCAUAAAGCCUAAUUAGUAUUGCUCAUGAAAUGAGAUUUUUUAUUGUAUACUGUGCUUUUUGCAUACAAGUUUUAACAAAACUUUGGAAAUCAGUGCAGUUUUCUACUUUUACCCCCAAUGUUGACUUGAAAAGUGUGUACAGUAAUAAGGAGUGGUGAUUAGCAACUAUUGUAUUACCCACAAAAGAAAUGGGAAUGAUAUAGUUAAACUUUUAAAUGAAGUAAAAAAAAAUGCAGUUUUUACUUUAUUUUAUGUUUAUCUUGUCUAAAUCUUCUUCAUCUUGUCAUAUGUUUAAAUGUGUAACCUGUAUAAUUGCUUCAUUGUAACCCUAUUGUACAUAUGGUGAAAUGGUCAGGAUGCUAAUCGGGAUGCUGGUUCCAAGUUGGGCCAAACAUUUAAUUUACAGCAUUUACAAUGACAUUAACUCAUUCUGUCUGACAUCAAUAAAGGUAUUUUUAGAAGAGGCUAAA